AUGCCUACCUCAUUGACGCGAGCAAUUUUAUUUAAUACAAGACAAAGGCAUUUUAUAUUUAAACCUAUCAAUUGUCCAUUUAUCAAUCGUCGUUUUUAUGCCUCAGAAGAACGCAAACAAAAUCUUAUAGAAAAAAUUGUACAAAAAUAUGCACAAGACUUAUCUCCUGGUCAGAAAGUCAAAAGUGGUGAUUUCGUGACAAUUCAACCUGAACACGUAAUGACCCACGACAAUACAGCUGCAAGUAUUGGUGCACAAAAGAUUAAAUUUCCGAAGCAAUGUGUAUUCACUCUUGAUCACGAUGUUCAAAAUAAAUCUGAAAAGAAUUUAGCAAAAUACGCGUCCAUCGAAGAAUUUUCCAAACUUCAAAAUGUUGAUUUUUAUCCUGCUGGACGUGGAAUUGGUCAUCAAGUUCUUAUCGAAGAAGGUUACGCGUUUCCGUACACCAUGACUGUAGCAUCUGAUUCUCAUUCUAAUAUGUAUGGUGGAAUUGGCUGUUUGGGAACACCUAUUGUUCGAACUGAUGCUGCUGCGAUUUGGGCUACUAGUAAAACAUGGUGGCAGACACCCCCUGUUGCGAAUGUGGAAUUUAAAGGGCAGCUACAAAAUGGUGUAACUGGCAAGGACAUUAUAAUUACUUUGUGUGGAAUGUUUAAUAAUGAUGAGGUUUUGAAUUGUGCGAUUGAAUUUACCGGUGAUGAAAGUAUUCAUGGAAUAGGUUUAGAAGAUAGAUUAGCAAUUGCUAAUAUGACUACCGAAUGGGGUGCAUUAGCUGGUGUUUUUCCCGUUGAUGAAAUUACUAUUCAAUGGCUCAGAAAUAGGGUUGACAAAUUAGAACUUUCAAAAUUCGAAAAUAAAAAUUUGAAACUUACAUCGUCUGAUCGACCAUUUGAACAUCCUAGGAUUAACCAUUCAAGAAUUGAUUAUAUUGAAAAAAAUCCUAUACGACCAUCUCCGGGUGCAUAUUAUGCAAAACAUUUGACCUUGGACCUUUCAACAGUUUCGCCAUAUAUUUCUGGUCCUAAUUCUGUCAAAGUUUCAACAUCCCUUGCUGAACUUGAAAAAAAAAAUAUCGCCAUUCAUAAAGCAUACCUUGUAUCAUGCGUUAACUCUCGUGUAGGGGAUUUAAAAGCUGCUGCUCACGUUAUUAAAGGAAAAAAAGUGGCAGAUGGUGUUGAGUUUUAUAUAGCAGCUGCAAGCAGCGAAGUACAAAAAGAUGCAGAAGCGAGCGGUGAUUGGCAAACACUCGUUAAUGCAGGCGCAAGGACUUUACCUGCUGGUUGUGGGCCAUGCAUUGGACUUGGUACUGGCCUUUUAAAAGACGGUGAAGUUGGUAUUUCGGCAACUAAUAGGAAUUUUAAAGGUCGAAUGGGGUCACCAAAUGCGUUAGCCUAUCUUGCUUCUCCAGCUGUUGUUGCUGCUUCUGCUGUAGCUGGAAAGAUCGCUAAUCCAGCCUACCUCUCUACUUCAUCACCACCAACACCAAAAAUAACUUAUACACUCAACCCUCCUGACGAGUAUAUCGAAGAUUCAACGAUCAGUAAUGAUUCAAUUGUACCAGGAUUCCCAGAUACUAUUAAAGGACAAUUAUUAUUUUGCCCAGCAGACAAUUUAAAUACAGAUGGAAUAUAUCCUGGCAAAUAUACUUAUGUGGAUGAUUUUCCAGUCGAGAAAAUGGCCAAAGUUGUCAUGGAAAAUUAUGAUCCCAAAUUCGCAAGCAUAGUUUCUAAGGGAGACAUUCUGGUUGGAGGAUUUAAUUUUGGGACAGGAUCAUCUCGAGAACAAGCUGCCACUGCAAUUAAAGCUUGUGGCAUAUCACUUCUUAUAGCUGGUACUUAUUCUCAGACAUUUAAACGGAAUUCGAUAAAUAAUGCUUUGAUUUGCCUUGAAUCACCUGAACUUGUGGAACUUUUAAAAAGUUCUUACAAACUAGAAGAAAAAACCAUACGCACACAUUUAAAUGUCGAAAUUAAAUUUGCUGAAGGUAAGGUAUUGAUUAAAGGUUUGAAUGGUGCGGAUAAUGAAUUUAGGGUUGGUGUAUUAGGAAGAAGUGUUCAAGAGAUAUGGGUAGCUGGUGGAUUAGAAAAUUGGAUUAAACAAAGAUUAUGA